AUGACUGAAGUUGAAGAACCUCAAUUCACGUCGCUCUCGGCGCGCAUCGCUGCUCUGAACCAACAGGGUGUUGGAAAGAGUCUGGGCGCAGUACCCCAACCCCAUCCGACUAGUAAACGACCUCCUCCACCUCUUCCCUCAUCUUCUUCCACCCGACCUGGUGUCCCCUCCAGAGGCCAAACCACGAACAAUCCUCCCAUAUCUACCUACGGUUCAUCCUCUUCCAAGCAAGCCAACAACCUACCGAUUGGUAUUAAAGGCACUGCACUCCUACCUCCGCCUCCAGUCGAUCGCGACCAGUCCCAAUCCUCGAAUACAAACAAUGCUAGAACCCCCCCUCUGCCAGCCCGACGGGGUCCUCCUCCACUACCCACGCGCAAAGACUCGCAGCCUUCUCCCGCUCUUCCCCCUCGAAAGAGCUCUACACAAUUGGCCAGGCGUGGAUCAAACGAGUCGGCAAUGUCAUACAGCUCUGCCAUAUCGAACAUGUCCUUAAGCCAGACAGGGUCUACAAGUACCAAUGCUUCCUCGGUGGACUCUGCGAGAAAGCUUCCGCCAGCCCUGAACCAAGCAAAGCUUCCGCCUUUGCCCCCCAGCCGGCGUGAGCGAGAGCAGGCGGAGGCCGAGGAGCGGAGAAAUCCUCCAAAAGUGCCCUUGACUUCUGUCAAGUCGUCUCCCAACAUCCCCAUGCGACAGCCUCCAGUUGUUGACCGUGACUUGCCUCCCAAAAUGCCUCCUAGACCCAGCGGACCACCAAGGAUGCCAUCAAGACCCACCAACUUCGACAACGUACAGGAGGAGGAAGAGAAACCACCCCAACAGCCUCCCCGGAGACUUCCGCCCCCUAAUUCUACAAGAUCUGCACUCUCCAUGGGGUUCAGUAACAGGUCCAACGAAACACCGAAUCCCGGCCCCCAACCUACCCCAACAUUCACGAGAACAGCAGGCCCUGUGAUCCAAGAACUCAACGACCGCAAUUUUGAUAGUGUGGUUAUGACUGGAAAGGCAGUCUUUGUGGACUUCUAUACAACCUAUUGUAAAUACUGCGUCGAAUUGGAUCCCGUGUGGAAGCAAGUGGCUGAAGAUUUCUCAUUUGCCAGCGACAAGUUAGUAUUCGCAAAGGUUGAUGUGGGGAAGUACAAGACGUUCUUAAGCAGGUUUGGUAUUCAAUCAUAUCCAACCUUGCUCUUCUUCGAUGGUCGUAGCCAGACGCCCCAGAAGUAUCAAUUCGCUAGGCAGGCGAAGUAUCUGAGCGACUACGUGGAAGAGCAGACAGGCAUAUCUGUGGAUGAUGCACCUAAAACAAAUGGUGUUCCGCCGCCCAUCAAUAUGAGUUCUAAGCCGUCCCGGAGCCAGGUUCAAGCAGUUCAAUCUCGGCCUGCGCCUGCCGCUCCUCCUACUUCUGGGUGUCUAAUCUGCAGAGAUUUCUCUGGUCCGGAUCAAGUUGCAGCCCAGCACCCGCGCCAUUCUCUUCCUGAAACUGGAGAUGCCACCGGCUACUUAGCUAAUGUUCUUUGCGGGCCAUUUGUGUCUGCCACUGACAAAGCACGCGCGAUAUUCACCUGGCUCCAUCACAAUAUUGCAUAUGACACCGCUGCAUUCUUUGGUAAUAGAGUUAAGCACGUCGAUCCAAAAGACACCAUUGCAUCCGGGCUUGCGGUCUGUGGUGGUUAUGCCGGUGUCUACACUGCCAUUGCACUCAAAGCCGGUCUGGAGGCGGUCAUGGUCACGGGGCACGGCAAAGGCUACGGGUACACGGCUCUUCAACCCGGCGAGCAAUGCCCUCCAUGCAAUCCAGCAGGUCACGCAUGGAAUGCUGUUCGGAUCGACGGUGGCGAGUGGAAAUUGCUUGACUCUUGUUGGGGUGCUGGCAAUGUUGGUAAUCAAGUCUUCAACAAGAAGUUCACCCCGAGCUAUUUCACUAUGUCGAACGACGACUUUGGGAUAAAACACUUUCCCCAGGACCGUAGCCAUUUCUUCCGCAGUGAUGGAAGUGUUCCCAGCUGGGAGGAAUACUACCUUGGUGCAGCCCGCGCCGAGCCGCUGCAGAUCUACGGCUCUGUUGAAGAUCACGGAAUUUCUCCGGUUUCAAUUACACCACCGCAGAAACGAUUACCUGUGAAUGGAGAGACUGUGCGUUUCCAAUUCAGCAAAGUGUGCGAGCAUUGGGAUUUUGAGAAGAAUGGAGAGGGGAAGCCGUACCGCCUUGUAUUGAAGAUCAAUGGGCUGGAUGGGAGGAAAGAAGAUUAUGUCGCCAUGGAGAAUAAUGAUUUUUGGUGGUGGACCGAUAUUUCAGCGCAGGAUUUGGGUGCUCCCGGUCAAACAGUCAGCUGUUAUGCUGUUACUUCAGUAAAUGGGAAAGAUGCCCGGGGCAUGACAAGAAGAGAAUACCUCAACAAAAAAGGGCGGUCUGGGAUGGGUUUUGCUGGGGUUUGUGCGUGGGACUUGGUAUAG